ACAGAAAUAAUAAAAGCUGAAAUUAUUUCUAAACAUUGCUGAAAGAAUAGAAAAAGCUGAAAUACAUUUAAAAAUUGCUGUGUUGUUCUAUGUUAACUUUUUGUAAAAUGGAUGUAUAAUCAGUUUAAUCAAUUCAAUCAGUUAUGACAAAUCCAUGUAAUCGUGCAGUCUGUGUUCAAUGUCCAAUCAAUACAUGUUUUGAUCCCUGAUUACUGAUUCAAUUUUCAAUCAAUAAAUGUUUGUCACAAUUCUCGACUUUUCUUUUAAAGUCUUCAAAAUCCCCGUGUAGCCUCGGAUAGUGCUAUUAUUUGAUUACUGUGUGGAUGUUAAAAAGCCUUUAAUUUUUGCCCACAAAUGAUAAUUUACUCCUCGCGUGUUUCAGCAUUAACUCUGAUCAUUUGUAGCCGGCAUCGUGUGACGUCUGCCUUUGUUAGAGCGCUCUGUUUAGGACAGUUCUAAUCAGUCUGUCGCUUCCACUCUGCCGCAACUCUCCCCAUAGCAACCAGAGCCCCGCACACACAAGCAGCCGCUACGUCACACAUAAACAAAUGACUCUGUAUCCAGUCAGCUGACGCUACCGGCAGCUAGCUUUCGUCGGCUAGCGCUACUAUCGCGCUAGCUUUGCGGUGGCUGACAAGUUAUGUCAGCAAGCGCAAACAAGUUGUACGAAGCUACUGCUGCUCUUGUAUUUAGCCAGCUAGCCUACGUGGAUAACCGUCACUCUGUCUGUCUGUCUGUCUGUCUGUCUGUCACUAUUAGCUACGGAAAUGGACGAGGGUCUCUGUUAGCUGUCCCUUUCCCGAGUACUGAAAGCAGCGCUUUACGCAGUGGCUGUUUAGCACAACAAUGUCAAAUAUAUACCUGUGUAUGAACAUCUAUCUAUCUAUCUAUCUAUAUCUAUCUAUAUAGAUAUAGAUAUAGAUAAAUGCACACGUGUUAUCUAUCUAUCGAUUAUUAUCUAUCUGAUGGAUACAACUCUGUGUAUCCGGAACAUAUAUAUGUACAUAACAUCCGACUAUUUUUAUAAUAAAUGAUAACACCAAAUAUGAAAUGAUAAUCGUGUCCAUAAAUAUUCAAAAUAAUAAUUACUGAACUAUAAAAGAGAGCAAAGAGAACAAAAACUUUGUUUCAUGAGCACAAAACUCGCAAACGAGUUUUCCUGGACGAAGGGCUCGCGGACAUGACGAGGCGGCGCGUGGACCUUCUAGAACAUUGUCGGAGCCGCAGCGGCGCGAAAAAUCCACUGCUGUCCAUCCUGAACCGAGAAAGAAUGGCGUUAAGAAAAGUUCUUUCGUCGAAGCCCCAAACCCCUUACUUUAAGCCCCCGGCAAUACACAUUUGUGUGGUUGCACUGAAGGACCAGCAUAGGGUCACGAGGUGGGACUUCCAGGACGGCAGAGCGGUGGCGGCCGUCACAAAAGCUAAUGCCGUCAUGGCCAUCAGCGACGGGCACUCCGUGGCCAAAGUGACCCUGUAUGAAGACCUGAAGGCCCAAGUUCAAGAGGGUGCUUCCUACGUGGUUCGUGGCUAUAACCUGAGGGGCAAUUCCCCUCCAUAUGCCUUUAAUGUCUCAAGGGAGACAGAAUUCUUUCGAAGCAGCGCCCUCGUCAUCGACGAGAAAUUACAAAACGAGGCCUUGAGGCUGAUCAAUCCUCGCUCGCCCCUGACCCCCCUCAGCACCUGCAGGGAAUCUGCUGGUCUGGUCACGGUGGAAGGGGAGGUGGUCGAGGUAAGUAACUUUCCGUUUAACGGGACUGCGAUAUAUAUAGCCAAUGUAGGUUGUUGCUGUAAAAUUAAGAGUGUAAGUCCGCCGGACUGCAGCUAUGAGAACAUUAACACCCAAAUCCACUGUGUUCAGGUGUCUGAGCUGAAGGAGGUGGUGGUGGCGAGGGACCGCGUGCCACUGCAAAACAUCACGUUGAAGCAGGGGGAAACAAAGGUGCCCGUGUCCCUCUGGAGGGAAACCGCCCUCCACUGCUGUGAGAUCGGGAACGUCCUGAGAGUGUCCCACCUGAGAGGGUCGGAGUCCAAUUAUGGAUUCCGGCUCCAAACAACGGUGGAGUCAGCAAUUGAGGCGGUCAGUUCCACGGCAGCGGAGGAGGUUGGAGUUUACGGGGCAACACCGGCACGCGGGGCUCCCGGAAGCCUAAAAGUGCUCCUGGAGGACGACAGGACGCUGUUCAUCGAGGAGAGCAAGUGGCUGCCAAUAGCUGCCAUAAUGGAAGCGCCACCCUUACCGGUCAAAAUAACCGUUAAAGGCAACACCAUUGUCGCCAUUGAAGCCAUGCGGAAGGAGGAGUAGCUGUUUGAGUUUCUUUUUGUUGUUGCUGUUUUUGCUGUUGUUUUAAUGUGUUCAUUAGGAAUCGGUUCUCCGUUGUUCAAAUUACCUUUCACAUUGUAUAGGAUGUUAUUAAUCAAUUUGCCAAAGUUCAUGUGUUCUGUUUUUGUUCUAUGUUAACCUUUUGUAAAAUGGAUGUAUAAUCAGUUUAAUCAAUUCAAUCAGUUUAAUCAAUUCAAUCAGUUUAUUCAAUUCAAUCAGUUAUGACAAAUCCAUGUAAUCGUGCAGUCUGUGUUCAAUGUCCAAUCAAUACAUGUUUUAAUCUCUGAUUACUGAUUCAAUUUUCAAUCAAUAAAUGUUUGUCACAAUUCUCGACUUUUCUUUUAAAGUCUUCAAAAUCCCCGUGUAGCCACGGAUAGUGCUAUUAUUUGAUUACUGUGUGGAUGUUAAAAAGCCUUUAAUUUUUGCCCACAAAUGAUAAUUUACUCCUCGCGUGUUUCAGCAUUAACUCUGAUCAUUUGUAGCCGGCAUCGUGUGACGUCUGCCUUUGUUAGAGCGCUCUGUUUAGGACAGUUCUAAUCAGUCUGUCGCUUCCACUCUGCCGCAACUCUCCCCAUAGCAACCAGAGCCCCGCACACACAAGCAGCCGCUACGUCACACAUAAACAAAUGACUCUGUAUCCAGUCAGCUGACGCUACCGGCAGCUAGCUUUCGUCGGCUAGCGCUACUAUCGCGCUAGCUUUGCGGUGGCUGACAAGUUAUGUCAGCAAGCGCAAACAAGUUGUACGAAGCUACUGCUGCUCUUGUAUUUAGCCAGCUAGCCUACGUGGAUAACCGUCACUCUGUCUGUCUGUCUGUCUGUCUGUCUCUCACUAUUAGCUACGGAAAUGGACGAGGGUCUCUGUUAGCUGUCCCCUUCCCGAGUACUGAAAGCAGCGCUUUACGCAGUGGCUGUUUAGCACAACAAUGUCAAAUAUAUACCUGUGUAUGAACAUCUAUCUAUCUAUAUAGAUAGAUAGAUAGAUAUAGAUAUAGAUAAAUGCACACGUGUUAUCUAUCUAUCGAUUAUUAUCUAUCUGAUGGAUACAACUCUGUGUAUCCGGAACAUAUAUACAGUAUGUACAUAACAUUUGACUAUAUUUACAAUAAAUGAUAACACAAAAUAUUCCAUUUCCAAUGGUUUGCAGUAUUCUUUAUUUCAAACACAGGCUUUUUACAUUGUUACCAGACCUAGGUUAAUACUCACAGAAGUUCAAGUCUUUAUGUUCCAGUAGCCCGGACUGAUACGUCUGGUCCAAAUUGUCAUUUAAACUAUCCCAACGCUAAGCUCAGUUUACUGAGGCUCACCAAAACACUUCCACUUCCUUAUUUUGAUGGAACAUUUGGUUAGAAUCACUACUCAAGGUUAGAACAUGAGCAUGAUAGGAUUUGCUUCAAAUUAAAUAUUUUUACAAAACUCUUUGAACCAAGUUAUUUUCAAGCCAAUUUGGAAGAUUUAGCUUGGAUUACCCAUUUUGAUAAUUUAACACUGGGUUUGAAUACUCAUCUUUACAGUAGAGUUUAGGUUACCCUAAGGAUUGGUAUAUGCCUGUGAAGAACCUCCUAUGUACCUACCAGCUGAAACCCCAUAAUAAUGACUCAUUUAAUACAAAUAUGGAAUUUCUUAAGGUUAAUUUGUUCAUAUACACGUAGCAAUUGCAAUAACACAUUUCCACUAUUCAUCUUGCAUAUAUCUGUUAGAAUAUUGACUGAAGAGGGAUGGAUGACAUAAAUGAAUAAAUACAAUCAACAAAAAAAAAGUGAUGAAACAAAGAAAACAUACAUUGUUAGAUCAAAUGAAACAAACAAAAUAGACAGGUGUCCUGUAGUUUUUAGAGAUAACCAUACUUUUCUUGAAUUUGUUUUGUACGCUGUAAAGACCUGUAGUAUUGUGACCUUUGACCUGAACCACUACACCAGUUAUUAUGUCAUUGCUUAGUGCAAGGAUAGUGUUUCUAUAGCAACAUGGAGGAGGAGAGGCCUUAAAGACAAAAACAGGAGAAGCUUCAUUCAUGUAGUUAAAAAUGUAAAUAGCACA